AUGAAGUCUCCAAGCGUUAUGCCGCAUCACGAAGGGCAAAAUACCCCUGAUAAUGCUAUUAAACUCAAGUCUAUUCUUAGAGAGAACAAAAUCAUUGGAAAAAUCCCUAUUUCUUUCUUCGUGAUCGAAAACAAAUUUUUUAAUAGAAAAAUUUUGUAGGAAAAAAUUAUUUUGAUAUAAGUGAUAAUUAGUGCAAUUAAAUCUCUAGCUAAUUCUGUUUCAUUUUAAGCUGCUUACAUUUUUUAAAACAUAAAUUUUACUUAUCAAUUUUUACGAAUUGGGAUCUAUUUAAAUUUCGAGAAAAAUUUAAAUAUAAAAUUCUAUAUGGGUUUUUUGGAAAAAAAAAUUAACCUUCCUUCGUGAGCGAAACAAAAUGUUUUUAUUCGCACACGGAAGAGGAACUAGGGAGUUAGAAAUCAACAAAAGAUCAGCCUCAAAGUUUCCGAGUCGUUACCCGAGCAAGCACAAUGGAUAAAAAAGUACUCUUUAGAGACCCCAUCCAUGAGUUGCAUCUAGUCGAGCCUAUCAUAUAUAAAAUGCCAAAAAAAGAUACGAGCUGUACUUGUGCAAUCUUUUAG